UUCUUCUUCUUCUUCAUCCAACUUCCCAAGCGUUGAGAACCGAACCCUAGAUUUGAUAUCCCUAGUCUGCAUCUGACGAUGGAAUUCACUCCAGCCGAUUUCGAUAGGCUUAUGAUGGUCGACCUCGCUCGAAACGCUUGCGAGGAACAGUACAUGAAGGAUCCUCUGGAUUCUGAGAAUUUGCUAAAGUGGGGCGGAGCAUUGCUUGAGCUUUCACAGUUCCAGAGUGUUGCUGAUGCCAAGCUCAUGUUAGAUGUUGCUCUAUCCAAGUUCGAGGAGGUAUUGAAAAUAAACCCAGGGAAGCAUGGGGCUCUUUGGUGUCUUGGCAACGCCUACUCUUCCCAAGCGUUUCUUAAUCCAGACUCCGAUGAAGCCCAAGCUCUCUUUGAUAAAGCCGCUGAUUAUUUCCAGAGAGCUGAAACUUUGGAUCCAGGUAAUGAGAUGUAUCUCAAGUCCAUGGAAGUUGCAACAGAGGGGCCUAAACUGCAUAAGGAGAUACAUAAGCAUGGUGGAAUGAUACAGCAGGCACUAGCUGGAGGAGGAGGAGGAGGAGGAGGUCCCUCUGCUUCAUCAAAUGCUAGCGGUGGUGGUAAGAAGAACAAGAAGAAGAAGAACAAUGACUUUACUUACGAUGUAUGCGGUUGGAUAAUUCUCGCCUUUGGGAUUGUUGCUUGGGUUGGCAUGGCUAAAUCCCUUGGCCCUCCACCUCCCCCUGCUAGAUAAAAAAAAAAGCCCCGAGUAAUGAAACGCCAUUCCAUGAGAUGAGAGGAUAAUAAUGCUCUGCUUAUUCGAGUUCCCCAACAGAGAACGGUUCUAAAGUUGAAUAGAUCUUUUAACGUUUCUGGUGGCUAUAAUUGGUUUUGUUUCGUUUACUCAGCCCAGCAAACUGUUUUUGUUUACUUAAUUACAUUAGGAUGGAUGUUUCUUUCUUGGUCUAUUUCCGAGAAAAGAGUAUGUUUUGGUUUUGUGAUACGAACACAUUUUCUUUCUCUAUGUGUUUCACAGAAGGUGCUAUAAGAAUAAGCUCCGAUGAAGCUCUAAACAAAUUUAAAUUCA